GCGACAGCCAGCCAGAAGUUGUAGAACCCGACACUAUUGUAACCAUGCGCGCACACCAGAAUUAAACUAACGACAGAGAUCAUUUGUCUUUGCCAUAAAUCGGAUUUUUUGAGACUGACAACCCCGUGAAGACAUUAAAGAGAGAUGUCGUGUUUUUGUGGUGGUUCCAACUUCUGCCCAGAAUGCGGGAAUGUCCUUCCUCUCCCGGGAAUACUGGACAUAGUAUGCUGUCCCCGCUGCUCCUUCAAGAUCCGUGUAUCAGAGUUCUUGGGUCAGGAGAUCCAUUCUGCAGUGGUCUUUAGCCCUUUGGAGCAGUCAUCUGUGGCCCAGGAUGAGGAGGACUCUGAAAUGAAGGGGCCUGUGAUUGACAGACGCUGCUCUCGUUGUAAUAAAGAGGGGAUGAUUUACCACACCAGGCAGAUGAGAUCUGCAGAUGAAGGACAGACUGUCUUUUUCACCUGCAUACACUGCAGGUUUCAAGAGAAGGAGGACUCCUGAAAAGAAGUUCAUUUCAACCUUUCCCUUCCUUUUCCGGCUCACUCAGAGAUAUUGCUAAAGACUGCACAAACAUCAUUUAUGUUUAUGUGACUGUUAUAGAGCUGAAAGUGUCAGUAAGUUGUUAAAGCACCAUUCUUUAAUGUUUUCUUUUUCAGAUGCUUGAGAAACCCAGAUGUACUGUAAGCACAGCACUGACAUGUUGUCAGCAGAAAGUUGUCAUGGUGAAUAUUUAGGAAUCAGCAGUCUUUUUUUCUACUUUUUUUUUUGCAACCAGUGGGCUCUUCAAGUAUUAAAUAAAACUUCUGUACAAGUACUUUGUAAUUGCCCCAUAGAAAGGCUUGUCAUAAUCACAUUUUGCAAUUUAAUUAAAUCUUUAAGUCUACAGAUCAA